UCCACUGUGGGAACCAUCUCUCAGAUGGAGCUACUCCCUCAGUCUGCUCUCCUGACAUGUCCUUCGUCUCAGGCGCUGAAAUCUAGGGUUCGUUUUGGGGACUUCUCUGCGAUUGUCCUCUCGAAGCGCCUGCAAUUCUCCACACAGCCGCAGAAGCUGAGAUUCAUGGAAGCUCAGAGAACAGUCUCUUGUGCCUCUGCAGCCGGAGAAAAUGGCUCGCCGGUGAAAAAAAUUGGAACUGAGACAGCAUCAAUAGGUCGAAUCGGAGAGGUCAAAAGGGUGACUAAAGAAACCAAUGUUUGCGUGAAACUAAAUUUAGAUGGCUCGGGAAUCGCCGACAGCAGUACUAGUAUUCCUUUCCUGGAUCAUAUGUUGGAUCAACUUGCAUCACAUGGGCUGUUUGAUGUGCAUGUAAGGGCUUCUGGUGACAUUCACAUCGAUGAUCAUCACACGAAUGAAGAUGUUGCUCUUGCAAUUGGAACUUCACUGCUUCAGGCGCUUGGGGACAGGAAAGGAAUUAACCGGUUUGGAGACUUUUCUGCUCCACUUGACGAAGCUCUAAUACAUGUUUCACUGGAUUUAUCUGGGCGACCUCAUCUGAGUUAUGAUUUACAAAUACCCACUGAAAGAGUUGGAACAUAUGACACCCAGCUCGUGGAGCACUUUUUCCAGUCUGUUGUGAAUACUUCUGGUAUGACGCUCCACAUCCGGCAGCUUGCUGGGAAAAAUUCUCAUCAUAUCAUUGAAGCCACAUUCAAAGCUUUUGCUAGAGCUCUUCGUCAAGCAACGGAGUAUGACCCACGCCGUCGCGGCUCUGUACCAAGCUCAAAAGGGGUCUUGUUACGUUCGUGAUGUUGCUAGACCAGCUUGUAACAUGGAGGUCAAGACAAUUUUUGAGGUAUUUGCAAUUAAAUGCAUCCGUCUCCUUUUCAAAUAAAGGAUCACAAGCUUCAUCAGAAGGCUAUCACGGUCAAAGCAAGUGAAAACAAACUACAAGUCCUGAUUUAUUUAUGAUCAUGUUUCUGAAUAUUUUUUGACGAAACUUAAUUUAAGAUGGUACAGAUAUCAAAUGAAUCCAAA